AUGGAUUCAAAUCAAACAAUUUUGGAAGAAUUUGAUCCAUUACAGGGUAAAACCGGUUCUGAUGAAGUCCAGGAGGAUAAGGGUUCAAAUGAAAAAAAUUGUGAUAUUAAGGAUGAUGACGUGAGAGUAGAGGUUGCUGAAGAGGGUACUGAAGAGGUUUUGGAAGAUAGUUUAUAUGAUUUCCAAUUGUUUAUCAAACAGUUUAAGGAUCCAAGAGCUGAACCGUUGGUAAAAUAUACCAAAUCGUUUUUGAAUAAUUUUACAAGACAGAGGUUAUGGACUGCUGAAGAACAGAAAAAAUUGAUUAAUGAUUUUAAAAUAUUUGUCUAUGACAAGUUUAAUUCAUUUGAGCCCUUUCAGUCCAUGGAUGCAAGACAUUUGCUCAAUUCUCAGGAGGGUAUUGAAAAAUUGAUUAUGGGGAAAUUGUAUUUGUAUUGUUUCUCGCCAUGUCUAAUAAAGACAAGACAUUUAGACGAAGGUCAUAAAAAUGAUUUAGAGGUUGAUGCCAAAUUAGUUGCCAAAAUUGAAGAGUACAGUUUUAUCAAGCCUCAAAAUUUGGAUAUUACAGGUCCAAUGGAAAAGAAGUUAGAUAAAUUUAUUACAAUUUCAGGGAAUGAGUUAAACAAGAUCAACAAGUUUAAAGCUCCUCGUGACAAAAUGGUUAACAUUCUGAAUGCAUGUAAAGUACUCUUUGGGAUUUUAAAACAUAAUAAAUUGGACCAUAACGGUGCAGAUAGUUUCAUACCAUUGUUAAUUUUCACUAUCUUAAAAGGUAACAUUGAACAUCUAGCUUCAAAUGUAAAAUACAUUGAGAGAUUUAGAUAUGAAGGAUUCAUUCGUGGUGAAUCAUCAUACUACAUUAGUAGUCUGCAAGCGGCUAUAGAUUUUAUUAUCAGUUUAGAUAAAUCCUCACUAACCAUAACCGAUGAAGUGGAGUUUGAUAAAUUAUAUGAGGAGAAUAGAGAAACAAUUGAACACAAGAAGAGGAUCAAAGAAGAUGAAAUUAUCGCGAGUGGGAAGAAAAUUACAGAUAUUAAAAGAGAUGUCUCACCUAGUGAGUAUAUCGUACGACCUUUAGAUGAAGUGGCAAGUUCAUUAUACUCUAAAAUCAAUGAAAUGUUCACCUUUAGCAAUUCUGGGGAAGAGGAAACUUCUCAAGACGAUUCCCAAGAGGGUGUGUUGCAAAGUAGUGAUGAAGCUACUCAGAUUUCAGAACUAGCUGAAAUAAUAGAAAGAGAAGAACACAUGAAUGUCUUUGAAAGUUUACAGUCUAUGUUCCCAGAUAUAGAGAAGGAAAUCAUUGAAGAUGUAUGCAUAGCCAAAAAGUAUAGAUUGGGGGUAUGUGUUGAUGUAUUGCUAUCAUUUACAGAUUGA